AUGAAUCUACGUUUAAAAUGGGUCUUGUCAUUUUUUCUGUGGGCGACUGCUCAUGCUAUUGCUGAUGACUACUGGAAUGUAGAAAAUGGAGAAUUAUUACGACAAAUCGAUUUCGAAGGCCUUCUCAAACUUGAACAGGCGAAUCAAGAGUUCUUCGUGUAUAUUUACAUGAAGGAUUGUGGAAUCUGCGAGAAAGUCAAACCGAUGCUUCUUGAAGCUCUUGCCAAAUACAAAGAAGAAACUGAUGAUGAGUUCGUUAUCUACGCAAUCGAUAAUGUAAGAUACGGGGAAAGAAUCGACAAAGAAACGGCUUACUGGAAACAAACUGAAGGAGUGCCAUUUUUUGGAAUGUUCAAGGGCGGCAAAAAGCUUUUUGAAAUUGACCCACGAAGCACAGAUUCAUUUCUGAAGUUCUUCCACAAUCCUGUUGCUCCUUAUGUUCCGCCUCCUGAGCCAGAAUGGUCAUCCCUCCCAUCUUCUAAAGAUAUAUCGUUUCUUGAAGAAAAAGGAUUCGACGCAUUUGUUGGUAGCAAAUCAGAAGUGUUUUUGAUGGUCUUCAAGACUCGCUGCGGUGCAUGCACGGCUGUAAAACCUAAUUUUGAAGAAGUUGCCACGAAACUCUCGUCUGAGAAGCCUGAAAUCACGCUGGCCGCACUAGAAAUGACGAAGGGUAACGCAAUUAUCAACCGGUAUAACGUGCAGGCAUAUCCCACAUUUUUGUAUUUUUCCGGAGGGAAGUUCCAAUAUGAAUACCACGGUGGUUACAAAGCAGAUAAGCUCGAGAGUUUCUGCCGCAAUCCAUCUUUUAUCGAGAAACCAAAGGCCGAUCUUGGGUUUACGGUUGAGACCAACGUGACUAUCCUUGAUGCUAGUGCUGAUAAGUUCUUGGCAGACAAUGAAGGAGUUCUGGUUAUGGUUCAUACCAGCUGGUGCGGCCAUUGUAAGCGAAUGAAGCCCGAUUACAUUAGAGCAUCGGACGAAUUGUUCGCGCAAGGAUCGAAACAGCGAUUGGCAGCGAUUGAGGGAGACAAGUUCAGAGACUGGCUUGAACCUUACGGCGUGACAGGAUUUCCUACUCUGCUCUACUUUGAAAAGGGUCAAUUCAAGAUGAAGUAUUCUGGCGGACGAACAAAGACCGCGAUUUUAAAAUUUAUGAAGAAUCCUCAGGAGCAAAAAGAAAAAGUACUCACUGAUGAGAUUCUUGAAUCACUUCCAGAUACAAUUCCAGCACUCAAAAAGGAUACUUUCGAUGAUUACGUCGAAGAGAAUCCACGCGUGGUUGUAUACUUCUAUGCUCCUUGGUGCGGCGUCUGCAAAGGCUCAAAAACGGCAUUUUACGAAGCUUACGAAAUGGCAGAUGAAGAAGAUCUAGACGUUAAAUUUGCCGUGUAUAAUGCUGAUCCGAAAGAUGAUCCUGCCGAGAUGCUCUUUGCCAAAGAGUUUGGAAUAAAAAGCUACCCGACCGUGUGGUUCUUUGAGGAAGGAGAGCAGAAGUACAAGUUCAAUGCGCAAUCUGAUAUGGACUCAUUCCUUAGGUUCGCUCGUGAGCCUCAUUUACGGGGACGAGUAAAUACUGUGGAUAGCGAUCCAAAGUGGAUAAGCGCGGAUGGAAAUAUGUACAUCGAGAUUUUAACGGACGAAACUUAUGAAGAGUUUGUGGCGGAAAAUGAAGAAGUGUUCAUUUUCUGGGUUGCUGAAGGCUGCAUUCGUUGCUACGAAAUUGUACAGCCCGAAUUUGUGAUUCUUGCAGAAACUCUUGCAACACUAAAGCCAAGCUUCAAACUAGCAGUUAUUGAUGGAAGCGAGUACAAAGAUUUCCGAAUGCAGAAAAAAAUCGACUCUUACCCCACACUCGAGUACUUCAAGCGAGGCGUCUUCCAAUAUCUUUACGAAAAUCACCAGACUGGCCCUGAUAUGUUGAAUUUCGCGAGGAAUCCAACAAAAGCAGGUGCAGAAAAGCCAAAACGCUACGUCUGGGAGCUCGACGAAUCCCGCGAUUCCGGAAAUGUUGUCCACGUGAACAAAGACACAUUUCCAGUUGAAAUCCAAAAGGUCAAAUAUGGCCUCCUCAUGCUCCACGCCGGCGGCUUCGAAAUCAUGGAUCAGGCCUACGACACCAUGACAGCUGUUUCAAAGGAACUUGCUGCAAAUUCGGACUUGAAAUUUUUCGCAUGCGACUGUGGAAGAGGCAAAGACUGGGGAAAGCUCUGCCACACGGAAGGCAUUCACAGAUGGCCCGAUUUUCGUUUCUACGUUGAUGGAGAAUCAGAAGAUGAAUUUGACGGUGGAAACUUUCAACCUGCUGAUUUCAUUAAUUUUAUCAACUCGAAACUUCCAAGUUCGAAGGACGAGCUCUAG